GUCUUGGCAUCGGCAAGGGGGCAAACAACGACCGCGCAAAGACGAGGUCGACCUGAUCAGCAACAAUUGUGGCUAGUCACGAUACUUAAAUAUCUACUUGAAGCGAAUAACGUCACACAGCAUUGAUUCAAGGCCAAUUCGUGGCGGACUAACAAACAAAACAUGCUUGCAACUCUCGUCGUUGCCGGGAUCGCAGGGUGCGCGCUCGCGCACGGAGACCACGGCAGCGGGUCGCAGAGGCCGGUAGUCGACAAGAAUGCUAGUUGGAUGGUGAAGCACAUGGCUGAGGAACACCACACCGACACCUUCGACGCCGCGUCCUUUUUUGCGCUGCACGACUUCGACGCCGACGGCAUCUGGGCCGCCGACGAGAUCCUAAGGACAUACGGCUUGAUGGACGAGUCCAACAAGAACGUCGCGGAGGGGCGCAAGGACGAGAUUGUACGCGAGAUUCAGACGCUGCUCGACCGCGACAAUGACGGACGCAUCAGCCGCGACGAGUUUGUGCACUUCAUCGACGUCGAGGGCAGGACCCUGCCGGACAUGGGCACGGGCCCAGGGCACCACGGCGACGACGAGUACGAGUACGAGAUCCACCACUGGGAGAAGUACCAUGACGAAAACACGAAAUUGGAGGAUCUUACGCACCCGGAGGACAUUGAGCACUUCAAGAAGCACGAGGAGAUGGAGGCCGAGCAGGAGAGGAUAGAGCAGCUUAACAGGCAGAGCAUUGUCGAGGCCAACAUACCCGCCAAGUUCCGGCGUGAUUAGCUGUCUGGACAGCCAACGGAUACCCAGAGAGAUACGGGGCACAUACUACCACAUACCACGUACA